AUGUUGGAAGCUUCAUCUUAUCCUGUCCCAAGGGAAUUACCAGCAUCAUGUGAGCAAGAAAGCAAGUGGAUUUAUAAUGCUUGCCGUGCUGUUGAGCUUCCAAACAAGCGGCCAUUAGAAGGCGGGGAAGACAUUGCCACAAGAAAGGCAGUCAGGCUGCUGGAAGGCGGUGACAGACAGGAAAAGAUGGAGGCUCUGCAUGUUCAUUCCAUUGUGCAUACAGAUCAACCAGAUAAUCACCAUCAAGCUGAUUGUCUGUAUGUUCUUUCAAUUGCACAAACUAAUCAACCAGAUAACCACCAUCAAGUGGAGAAUCAACCAGAUUCGAGUUCACUCAUCAACCAAAUUGGUCGAGACUUGUCAAUAAGCUGUCUCCUCUGCUGUUCGAGGUCUGAUUAUGGUGCCAUUGCUUCACUCAAUAAAAGCUUCCAAUCUCUAGUUCGGGGUGGUCAGCUGUAUAAGCUGAGGCGGGAAGCAGGAAUUGUUGAACAUUGGGUGUAUUUCUCUUGCAAUCUCCUUGAAUGGGAGGCCUAUGAUCCUAUUCGCUGUCGAUGGUUGCAUUUGCCAAGAAUGACGUCAAAUGAAUGUUUCAAGUGUUCGGACAAGGAAUCGUUGGCCGUUGGUACAGAACUUCUAGUUUUUGGAAAGGAAAUAACGUCCCAUGUUAUUUAUAGAUAUAGCAUUUUAACAAACACAUGGACAUCUGGCAUGAAGAUGAACACACCCAGGUGUUUGUUUGGAUCUGCCAGUCUGGGGGAAAUCGCGAUACUUGCUGGUGGUUGUGAUCCACGUGGCAAUGUUUUGAGUUCAGCAGAGCUUUAUAAUUCGGAAACUGGCACGUGGGUUGCUAUUCCAAACAUGAAUAAAGCUAGGAAAAUGUGUUCUGGAGUAUUUAUGGAUGGCAAGUUUUAUGUUAUUGGUGGAAUUGGGCCAGGCAAUUCAAAGAUGCUGACAUGUGGGGAGGCAUAUGAUUUGAAAACCAGAACAUGGCACGAGAUACCUGAUAUGCUUCCUGCCCGAAAUGGAGGGGCUGCGGUGACUGAAACCCCUGCUGCAGCUGAGGCACCUCCUUUAGUUGCAGUGGUAAACAAUGAGCUCUAUGCAGCUGAUUAUGCACAGAAGGAAGUGAGGAAAUAUGACAAACAAAAGAAUGUGUGGAUUACACUUGGGAGGUUACCUGAACAAGCAGCUUCGAUGAAUGGUUGGGGCCUGGCAUUUAGGGCAUGUGGAGAUCGACUUAUUGUUCUUGGUGGAGGGAUGAUUGAGCUUAACUCAUGGGCUCCGGGUGAUGGUCCCCCUCAGUGGGACCUGCUUGCAAGUAAGCCCUCGGGCAGCUUCGUGUAUAAUUGUGCUGUAAUGGGAUGCUGA